AUGCCGAAAUCAAGUCAUUUUGGAGUGCUUCUCGGAUGCAUUUUCCUAAUGACUUGGCAGACAUCGUUGGCGGCCAGCGCCGGUGAGUACGAGGAGCUCUGCCGCCUGUUCAAGAAUGGCACGCAGAUUCGCAAGCCUGGAACCUGCGACCAGUACAUCAAGUGCCUCAACGGUGAGGGCACAGUCCUGAACUGCACCUCCGGCCAGUCCUUCAGUCCCAGCAAGAACCAAUGUGUGGACACUCUGGCAAAUAGUAACAAGUACUGCGGCAACCGGUGCGAGGGCAAGAAUGACGAAUGGGUGGCCGAUCCGACCGAGUGCCACAAGUACUUCUACUGCGUGAAUGGUGUGCCCCUCCCGGGGAUGUGUCCGUCCAGCCAGCACUUUGAUGAGGCCAAGCAGGCGUGCCAGCACGGCGUGGACUCGACCUGUGUCGAUGUGAACAACAUAUGCGAGCUGGUGCCGAGCAAGACCAAGUUCCGGAAGGAGGAUGACUGCGCCCAGUACUACGAGUGUAACAGCUCUGAGAGCCACACCGUGGGUACGUGCAUCACCACCAAGAAGAGACAGUACUUUGAUGUGGAGAGCGGAAGUUGUGUGGAGCCGAGCACGAUAGAGUGCUCGGCCCACUCCAAGACCGGCAUCUGCUCCAAAUCGACAAAGCCGACCUUUGUGUCCGACAAGGCUACAUGUCGCGGCUACUUCUAUUGCCAGGGCCUGUCCCCAGUGAUAGAUCUGGACCCGGUAUGGAUGCAGUGCCGCGAGGGAUACUUCUUCGAUGCGGAGCUGCAAAUCUGUGCUCCGGCCUCUCAGGUGGUGUGCGAGUUCAACAGGUGCGAAGGACGUGGAACUAUGCUGGUGGCCAGCAGCAGCAACAACUGUCACAACUUCAUCCGCUGUGUCGAUGGCAAGACGGUGGAGGAGGAGACCUGUCACUUUGACCAUUUCUUUGACGAGACCAUCGAGGCCUGCACCUCCACGAUUAUCUACGACAAGUGCUGCGAUGACCGUGAUUGA